AAUGUGUUGCUAAUAUAUUAACAUAAUUAGUUUAUGUGUAUUCAUCUUGUAUCUUGCAACCUUGCUAAACUUUCUUAUUAGUCCUAGUGGUUGUUUUAUAGACUCCUUAGGAUUUCCUACAUGAAUUUCCUACAUAAAUAAAUGUAGGAUUUCUUACAUAAAUAAUCAUGUCACCUAUGAAUACAGAUAGUUUUACUUCCUUCUUUCUACUUUUUAUACCUUUUUCUAACCUUUAUGUUCUUUUUCUUGAUUUAUUACACUGGCUACAACUUCCAGUAAAAUGUUGAGUAGAAAUGGUGAGAGUGGACAUCCUUUCCUCGUUCUGAUCAUGGGGACAAAUAAUUUCAUAUUUCUCUAGUAAGUAUGGUGUUAGCUGUGGAAUAUUCAUACACAUCCUUUACUGUGUUGGGGAAAUUCCUUCUGUUUCUAGUGUGGUGAGUGUUUUAUCAGGAGUGGUUGUUAAAUUUUGUCAAGUGCUUUUUCUGCAUCCACUGAAAUGAUUAUAUAGUUUUUCGUCUUCAUUCUGUUAGUGUGAUGAAUUAUACCGACUGAUUUUUUUUAAUAUUAAACAUAAAAAGCUAUAAAUUUCCCUCUAAACUUGCCUCAGUCUCACCCGAUAUGUUUUUUAACAUGGUUUUAACGUGUUCAUAUAGAUUUUUACUUUCUAGGAGUGGAUUAUUUGGCCCAUGGAUCAGACAGUUGGUAGGGUACAGAUUGUAGAUAGUAUAAAUUAAUGGUUUUGCCCAAAUGUAGGAAAUUUGAGACAAUUUGUGAAACAGCAGAGAUGGCAAGGUCUUUGUUUCAUUGCUGACUUUCUAAUGGAAUUUGCUGGGGGACGUGAUUUGAUUUUUAGCCAUUUAGUGAUGCUUAUAUUAUGGCAAAGGCCGUGCCAUUCACAUUUCCCUUCAGGCAUGUCCUAAUUCAUAAUCUUAAAUAAUGAUAGGCUAUUUCUUUAAAGUAAUGUCAUUGUUUCCACCUGGGCCGAGGAAGAUGCUGAGUGUUGGCAAUGGCAUAGGAAGGGAAUGGACACAAAUCCAGGAAUAAGGAAGGCAAAGGUCAGCCAGCACGAUCAGCCACCUCCCUUGUGAGUGGGCACUGGACUAGGUCCCCUGCAUGUGUUAGGUGUGAGUCAAGAGCAUUGAGGAGAUGGCGGCCUGUAGGAAAUAAAUCAUCUGCUGCAGGUGACGUGAGUAGGGGCAGAAAUGAGGCUGGAGCCAGGUCUGCUAGCCCUCAAAGCUGGUGGACUUUUCCCAGGCGGUAUCUACCUUUUUGUAUUAUGCAACAUGAGGAUAUCUACAUUUUGGAGUGAAUGUGAGCUUAGAGGAUGAAGUUGUAACAGAAGUUUCCAGGAUAAUCUGUUAAUUGAUACCACCUAUCUUAUUGAUUUAAUAAUUGAGCUACUGUUAUACUUGGCCAGUUGAAUGUCAAGCUUGGCACUCCAUUAGAUAGGAAACCUGGUUUUGGAAUACAUCAAUAAUCCCAGGAAUUUUUAGCAGGAAACAUGGUUACCAAAUGUAAAUGAAACACCAGUGUUAUUUGUAGGAGUGUUGUAUUAGAGAGAUAGUUCUCUAAGUGGGCUGCAAAGCAGCUCUGUGAAGUGAGUCGUAUUUUCUCAGUGACUUCCAUAUUCUAAUAUUAAGUGAUGUAUUCCAAAGGAACAAGUCCUUUGUAAACGGUGGUUAACUUUUAUAAGGAAAGAAUAUAGAAGAUUCUGGACAGUGUCGUGCAAUGGAAGUGUUAAGAGCACAGAUUCUAGCACCAUGCUACUUGACUCCUGGCUCCAUCACUUGCUUGUUUUGGGAUCUUGAGCUGGUGACUACCACUUUUUACCUCAGCUUCUUAUCUGUAAAAUAAGGAUAAUAAUAUUGUAUGCACUUAAUGACAGUCGUGAGGGUUAAUGAAUUAGUAUGUAAAGUGCCUAAAACAAAGCCUGUUGCACAGUCAACUCUCAAUAAAUAUUAACUGUUAUUAUUGCUAUGGUUACUAAUAUUUGUAUUGCUUUAAUUAUGACAUUUAUUUCUUAAUUUUUGGUAGAAUUUCCUUGCUUGUUUUAGCUUGCUCUAAGAUUGGAUAUUUUCCUACCUCUCCUUGUGUCUGAGGGAGGGUUCUUUCAGAGUUUUGCUGUUGAUCACAGUGUCUGUGUUGAUCACUCUGUGUUCAGGUAGCCUCCCUAGAGUUGCUCUUGAGAAUCAAUAUCUCUUGUUAACAAAUACGCUGCUGCCAGCCACUCCUUCCCUGGGAGCAUCUCCACAUUCAAAUCCAGUUUGCACAGUGCCAGGACAGAAGUAGGAUGUGUGUCGGCCCCUUCCUGGGGUGCCACCUUCCCCAGGACAUGGUAAGUGUGCUGAGCAGUUGGUGCUUCAGUGAGACCCUCCCAAGUUGGUGCUUCAGUGGGACCCACUCAGCCAUUUUUGCCUGGUCAAGUGACAGAAUGGAUCAAAACUUGAUUAUAAAAGACUUAUUUACCUGGAUGAUAAUGGAAAAGAAAGGAGCCCAGUUGUUAUACUUCCCGCAUUAGGUUCUUUUGUCUGCUGCAUGACAGGCUUCCCUAGAAGAGUUGUUCAACUUGAAGUUGUAAAGUUGUAGGUUAUAAGGAAGAUUGGAUUCACUGUUUACUAAUUCUGUGUGACCUGAUAUAAGCUUGGUGCUCAAAAAGUGUUAGUUGAAGAAACUAGUUAAAAUUAAUUAAAAUGAGGGAUAGGCACCCUUCCUUCGUUCAGUUGUCCCCUUGCUUAAUCAUUUAUUGAUUUGUUCAUUUGUAUGCUCACUCAUCUGGUCACCUGAAGAUUAUUGGACCCCUCCUCUGGGCCAGGUAGGCCUUGUGCAGAGCUCAGGGACUCAGAUGUGUCUGGUAAGACCCCUGCCCAGUAUACUGGGAGACAGACACAGAAGCCCCCUUUUAACUGCCUCUGAGCAGUGCAGAGAUGGAGGGAGGGAAAAAGGGUUCCAAGCUGAGCCUAGCGAGGGGAAGAACAGGGCUGGACUCCUGCUGGCGGGGGUGCCCUAGGGGAGGAGUCCCUGGGCCAUGAGGCUGAGGAUGUGUUCCCUCCCACAGUUAAUGGCAUCUUAGUGAAAUCUGCCUAAUAAUAGGGUCUCUAGACCCCAGCAGAUGGUCUGCUGAUCUCAGGCAAGGUUUGUCUGUAAGAAUCCUUCGCCCGUGUAAACAUUUUAUUAGACCAUUAAGUUGCCUUCAGCCCCUCCCACAUUUACUAAUGUCUGAGCAGGCUGAGUGUAGGCUUCCAUUUUUAUGAAAACUCUUGCUUUUCCAGAGGCUUAUUCUUUGACCUAAUUUAUCUUGAAUCCUCAUCCCACAGAUCUGGCUUGCUUUGCAUGACUGGGAUAGUUGUCUGAAAGGGAGGGCUUUCCUGGAGCUGAGAGAUGGGCUAGAUAACUUUGGGAGGCCCUGGCCUGCUAAGGAAUUCUUUAGUGCAUCACUAUUUUAUGCCUUUAAAAAACUAUUCUUGUAAAGAAUUAUUGACAGUACAGCAUUUUGGGAGUGGGGUGUCCUAAGUGUAGCAACCCAUUUGGAACAUGUCUGUGUCCUCCUUUUUCAAGUUAAAAUAAUGACUCUUUAAGUGUUUUACAAUGCAAUGUGAUGUUGAUUUCAGAAUCUCUGCUAAGAUGUAGGGGAUAAAUGCGGUCCACAAAUCAUGCUGGUAUUUAAUUUUAUAUCCUAUGUUCUUCUAAGGAACGUGGAACUUGAAUGAUGGUGGUGUGUGGAGAGGGAUUGUAUGAGCUCUCCAGACCCAGACUAGCCUGUUUGCUUGUGUGAACACCUUUCUGGGAGGAAACUGUCCAGAGAGCUUAGAUCCAUUGGCCCUCAGCAAAAUCUGGUAAUAUUUGUAAACAACCCUGUGACAGAAUUCCACUAGGCCUCCAGGAGGAGGCAGGAGGCAGGAGCUCCUCCUUGUGCUUGGCUUGCUUGGAGGCAUUUGACCAAUCAUUAACCUCCCCAAAUUAUCCUUGUCUUUAUCAGGCACAUUUUGAACUUGAAUCCAAGCAUUAGAGGAAAGAGUAUUGGGAAAGGUUCCAUCUCUGCUGUGGGAUUAACUUGGCUUGGAGCAAGCUGGUCACUUCUGUCUGCGUGAGCACAGAACACAAAUCUGUUUUGAAAACUGGACCUACCUGAAGGAAAGAUGAUGAGAGUAGGACAUAUAAACAGCUGUAUAAAACACGGCUGCUGGCAGUAAUUUCUCUUAGUGACCAUGAAUCUGUGUGAAGAGGUGAAAAUCUUUCGAUAUGAGAAAAAGAGGGUAGAUAUAAUAAUCACCUUUAGUGUUUGCUUAUUAACAUUGGUUGCUCAACAUAUUAUUUCAAUCCUCAUAGUGACCUGUAAGGUAGGUGGGCUUCUCUCUAACAGAUGAGGACACUGAGACACAGAUGGUGCGGAGCUUGGUGGGGACUUUACUUCUGCUGCAGACUUCUCACGGCUGUCCCAGAGACAGAAUAAGCCCAGCUGUAGAAGGGAGCAGCUGUGGUUGUGGGAAGAGCAGUGGAUGGACAGCCAGGUGUCUGCACCAGAUACAUGCUUGGCUCUCCAGACCCAGACUGGCCUGUGCAGCACUUCUGCCUGCAGGCGAGGGGGCCCCUUAAGAGCUCUAGUUCAAGAAAAUUGCAUCUUUGGAUAUCAGAAUGAAGAAGAGUACUUCUGUUGCUGUAAUUCAGGGCUUCUUACUUAAUUCUGAACCAUCUAACCUAGCUCUAUCUGAGGGCCCAGAUCAUUGAUCUGAUGAUGCUGGUCAUCGAUGUGACCAAGGGGAUGCAGACACAGUCUGCAGAAUGCCUUGUGAUUGGCCAGAUUGCCUGCCAGAAGCUCGUCGUGGUGCUAAACAAAAUAGACCUCUUAGCUGAAGGAAGAAGACAGGCAACAAUUGACAAAAUGACCAAGAAAAUGCAGAAGACCCUAGAGAACACCAAGUUUCGAGGUGCACCGAUUAUACCCGUGGCAGCCAAGCCAGGGGGACCAGAGGCCCCUGAAACUGAAGCUCCACAGGGCAUUCCAGAACUCAUUGAGCUCCUGACGUCCCAGAUUUCCAUCCCAACGAGAGACCCCUCGGGACCGUUCCUCAUGUCUGUGGACCACUGUUUCUCCAUCAAAGGCCAAGGCACUGUGAUGACAGGGACCAUCCUCUCAGGCUCCAUCAGCCUCGGUGAUAGUGUGGAGAUUCCUGCCCUCAAGGUGGUGAAGAAGGUGAAGUCCAUGCAGAUGUUCCAUAUGCCCAUCACUUCAGCCAUGCAAGGAGACCGGCUGGGCAUCUGUGUCACCCAGUUUGACCCCAAGCUGCUGGAGCGCGGUUUGGUGUGUGCCCCUGAGUCCCUGCACACUGUCCACGCAGCCCUUAUCUCUGUGGAAAAGAUACCAUAUUUUCGGGGGCCCCUGCAGACCAAGGCCAAGUUCCACAUUACAGUGGGCCAUGAGACAGUCAUGGGCAAGUUGAUGUUCUUCACCCCUGCUCCAGAUAACUUUGACCAGGAACCUAUACUGGACUCCUUCGACUUCACUCAAGAAUACCUCUUCCAGGAGCAGUACUUAUGCAAGGAUUUGGCAUCAGCAGUGACAGACAAUGAUGAGGCCGACAAGAAGGCUGGCCAGGCCACAGUGGGCCAUUGCCCUCGGCAGCAGUGGGCCCUAGUAGAGUUUGAGAAGCCCGUCACCUGUCCUCGGCUAUGCCUGGUGAUUGGCUCCAGGCUAGAUGCGGACAUUCAUGCCAACACAUGCCGACUGGCCUUCCAUGGCAUCCUGCUCCAUGGGCUGGAGGACAGGAACUAUGCCGACAGCUUCCUGCCCAGGCUAAAGGUGUACAAGCUGAAGCACAAGCAUGGCCUCGUGGAGCGGGCAAUGGAUGACUACAGUGUGAUCGGCCGCUCCCUGUUCAAAAAGGAGACCAACAUCCAGCUCUUUGUGGGGCUCAAGGUGCACCUGUCCACUGGGGAACUGGGCAUCAUCGACAGUGCCUUCGGCCAGAGCGGCAAGUUCAAGAUCCACAUCCCAGGUGGCCUCAGCCCUGAGUCCAAGAAGAUCCUGACUCCCACCCUCAAGAAGCGGGGCCGGGCUGGCCGUGGGGAGGCCACCAGGCAGGAGGAGAGCACUGAGCGGACCGAGCCUGCUCAGCACGUGGCGCUCAGCCUGUCUUUCAAGCGCUAUGUCUUCGACACCCACAAGCGCAUGGUCCAGUCUCCCUGAGUGUCCAGUGACUUCCCCCAGGGCCUCAUUGCCCAGCCGAGUCCAGGCUGCUGUGCCAAAUGCCAACCAGAGGUGCCUCAGUCUCUCCCAGUGUCUCCCUGCAAUCCUGCAGCAGCAGCCCCCACCUCCAGGCUUGGUGCUCAGCCCCAGUGAGGACCUGAGGUGGGAUGGGUUGCCGGGCUAGGAGGGUCUGUCCUCCAGCCCCUGCACACUCCCACCCAGGACAGCCACCAGGCCCAACUAGGAAAGGGCCCUGGGCAGAGGGCUGGUAGCCAGCAUCUUCCAGUUCCCUAGCUGUUGGCCACCUGCAGGCCAGUCUCACCCCUCCCCCAGGUGGACAGGCACUUGGCGGCUACAAAUAAAUGUCCCGUGGCCCCAGACCACUCUA